CCUCUAUCCUCCCCUCUUUUUCCUUCUCUCUCUACCGCUUUCUCUUUCUCUCUCUACCCAUCUUAUUGCCUUUAUAUAUAGUGAAGUCUACAGCUUUGCAUGGGACCUUGUGAAUGAGAGGAUCAAUGGAGGAUACAACUACAAAAGAUGUUUCUCUCCAGGAGUUGAGAGAUAAGCUUGCAGAGUUUUCUAGUGUGAGGGGAUGGGAUCAGUUCCAUAGCCCAAGGAAUCUUCUCUUAGCACUGGUUGGAGAGGUUGGGGAGCUUUCUGAGAUAUUUCAAUGGAAGGGAGAAGUAGCUAAAGGACUUCCAAAUUGGACUUCAGAUGAUAAAGAACAUUUAGAGGAGGAGAUCUCAGAUGUUUUACUCUAUCUUGUUCGUUUAGCUGAUGUCUGUGGACUUGAUCUUGGACAAGCUGCUCUAACUAAGCUUGUAAAGAAUGCACAGAAAUAUCCAGUCAUCAACAACCCUAAACUAAGUUAUAAAAAACCCUAAAAUUAUAAGUUGAUUAGAUGAUAUUAAUGGGAGUUUAAUUCUCCAUGUCUUGAGUCUUGAGUUGCUUCUUUGUAACUUUUUUUUUUCCCCCUUGUUGAUUUAGGUGGUUUUGUGAUUGAACAACAAAGUGAAUUUAAUUUGUAUUUGAGGACAUGGUAAGACAUAGUUUUGAGUAUUACUAAGCAUAUUAAGAGUAGUUGAAGUGAUGUAGGGAAGCUUUCUGAAGAAUUCUUGGAUCAGCUACAUCAGCAGAAGUCCACCUGAUCUAAACGAAAAUGCACAACUUUUGAGGGUCAUAACACGUCUAUAGCCUCGUCAUUUGGACCAUCCCAUUCGGGGCAAAUUCACUUAUUUAGUAUACUGAAUUGUUUGAUGCAUAAUUUAUGGAUAUUAGUUUCCUAUUUUAUUUAGUUCGUCAUUUGGACCAUCCCAUUAUUUAGUA